AUGGAGAGCAUUUUUAAAGCGGCCCUCGCUACACCUAAGCACAAAGAGAACUCUGCUCAACCAUCGCAGCCUGCCGAGACCAUUGCCGACCUGCCUUCAUCAAGUGCUCAAGAUGAACACCCUCCCUCACAAUCAACUUCUCAGGAUCCGAAAAUAAAACGCCGUAAGUUGACUAAAAGAAAUGGCUCUAACGCCAAGAAAACCAAGCAGUCGUCCAAAAAAUACACCGGCUCCAAACCUGUGCUAGAGCAACUAGACCCCUUGUUGGCAACUCUGACGCUAGCUCGGCCGCCACCUACAUGCUUUCAAUAUUUCCAGAAGAAGAAACUUCAUGCUAGAAAGACAGUCAAACUCGAGCCUCUGUCACUCUGCACAACCUGGUGA